AUGGACUCACCAUACAAUAUGGCACCCACCUCGGUGCAAGGCCAGCCAUUCGCAUACUACUCCGACUCACAGAGACAAGGCCACUACCAGUCAGACAUCCCAUACUACAGCCAAAUGCAGUAUGGCCAAGAGCAACCGCUCUACUCGUCCCAGCCCAUGAUGAACAUGCACCAGAUGGCCACCACCAAUGCCUUCCGGGGAGCUACCAUGAGCCUGACACCGAUUGCCUCUCCACAGCCCUCGCAAAUGAAGCCCACCAUCAUCAUGCAGCAGGGUUCGCCCGGCUUGAUGCCAUUGGACACUCGCUUUAUUGGUCACGACUUGUACUCCUUCCCCUCGACUCCUCCGCUGUCCGCUUCGGGAAGCACCAUCAGCAGCCCCCCGUCUGCCCAUGGCGCCCUACCAACCCCGAUUCAUGACACAUUUUUCACCUUCGAUAAGGUCGAGGGUGUCAAGGAGGGAUGCGAGACCGACGUGCACCAGGAGCUCCUGGCUACACCGCAGUGGGCGCGUUCUGAUUCGCCCCCAAUGACGCCUGGUGAGUUUUAUAGAUCACACUUUGAUAACGAAAUGUGGAUCGUGGGAAGCAAGGGCAAAAGGCUAAUUCAUCCUACAGUCUUCAUUCACCCCCCUUCUCUUAAUCACAUGCACUCCUCCGAUCUUCUGUCUGCAACAUCCUGCCCCUCGCUUUCCCCCUCCCCCUCACCCGUGCCCACCGACAUUCUUGCUUCCCACAAUCUGGGAUCAAGCCAGUCUUUCUGCGAUCCCCGCCAGCUCACCGUGGAGCCCUGUGUCCAUGUUCACGCACAGGAUCUCCCUCCUCUACCGAAUCUCUCAUGCGAGGAGGAGGAACCUCGUGCCGUUGUUGGCAGUGCGUCUGUGACGCUCCCCGUCAACGAGAACCCAUCUCCCUCUUUCAGCUCCUCGACCCAGGAUCCUCUGAGCUCGCUGCCGACUUUUGACAGCUUCUCAGACCUCGAUUCUGAUGAUGAGUUGAAUCGCCUGGUGGAAUUCCACCCUGCCGCCAACGCCGUCUACAUGGGUGGCAAGCGCCAGCGUAUGCACGCCUACCUGGUGGAGGAUGAUGGAUUCCUGAGCGAGCACAGUCUCGAAGACUCGGAUGAUUCCGAGACUUUCAUGCCUAAUGGUUUGCCAUCCUUUGAGUGGACCCAGACUGCUCACCCUCAGGCCGAGAGCGAGGAGGAACCCAUCGAGGAGCCCAAGAUCAAGAAGCGUAGCAACCGCAAGUCCCGUAAGACCGCUGCCGACGAAGAGGCUGAAGCAAAGGCGCUGGCCGCCUGCGAGUCCUCUGGCGACUGCUGCUCUGAUGACGGAUCAGUUGAUGAUUCCGAGUCUGCUCCUAUCUCAGUCAACCGCCGGGGCCGCAAGCAGUCUUUGACCGAGGACCCCUCCAAGACCUUCGUCUGCACUCUGUGCUCCCGUCGCUUCCGUCGCCAGGAACACCUCAAGCGCCACUACCGCUCUCUCCACACUCAGGACAAGCCGUUCGAGUGCAACGAGUGUGGCAAGAAGUUCUCCCGCAGUGACAACCUCGCACAGCACGCCCGCACCCACGGUGGUGGCUCCAUUGUCAUGGGAGUUCUCGAUGCAAGCGAUGCUGGUUCUGUCUCAUUCGACGAUCAACAUGACGCUGGUGCCCUUGGCCAAGUCAUGUACGAGGCUGCCCGGUCUACUGAAGUCAUCGGUACUCCCCCGUGGAUCGCCGAGCGGCGAAGAAGCGCAAGCGUGACUUGUCCUAAGGGACUUUUCAUGAUUUUUCUUUUAUGA